GUAGCCACAUCAAAGGGCGGCCGCCAGACAGCCACGCCCACUUACCUUUACCGGUAGCUUAUGAAUAUUCAUGAGGCAAGUUGGUCGUUUGUAGAAAAUAAAUAUGGCGGCGGCCGCAUCAGCUGGCAAGCGGGCCAGCCAUCCCCCGUCGCCGGGUCCUACCGCCACGAAAGCCCGAGUAGUCGCUGCCAGUCCACGGCUGGAGAAAAUUCUGACCGAAAACGGAGAGAAAAACAAGACUAGAAGACAAAAUCUGACCAAAAAACCGAGCGUAAACGACCUCGACCACCAACGACAUGCGGACGUGACCAACUCGCAACCGUUUUCGAAGAAGUUGUUGCUACUCACGGAGGAGCAUAAAACCCGCUCAGAAAAGAAAACCCGCUUACAGAAACUGGUCUUUGGUCGUAAAGGUAAGCUUGAUAUUCUUGCUAAAAAGCCUAUCGGCGUAGAAAGCAAGAAAGUCGGCCCAGGAUCAGAAAAAUUCGAUGAAGAGGGUGGGGGACCCUCUUCCGGUACACACGAUCCUGAUGUAAACAAGAUCGAUAAAAUCAGUGAUGAGAAGGGAAGGGUUCCUGCAGUUGUACCCAGCGUUUCCUCUGAUUGUGCCAGAGAGGAUGCCAUCUGUGUACUUCCAUCAAAACACAAAGUCUCAUUGUACAAUGUAGAGAAAGGAGACGAAGGGAAAUGUGAGAGAGUGAACAAUAUUGGGCAAGAUACAGACUGUUCUAAGAAUAGAGACCAUGUCAGUGAGUCUACUGUUUUGAGUGAGCCUCAGACUAUCGAACUAGACUCGAAUCAGGACCCAAAGCCAUCUGGAAAAGCUAGGAAAGUCCUAGGCUAUGUGUCACCUUUACCUAAACCAUCUUUAAGUAGGGCUGACCAAUCAGAGAGAUCGGUAGACGUGACUUUGGACGAAUCAACUUGGAGUCUGUCGCUCGAUGACAGUACGUUUAACAGUAGCAGUGUGUUUAGCAAGAGUUUUCGAGAGAAAUUCAGCACGCCUACAUCUGUGCGAAAGUUUGCGAGGAGUCACCUGGCCAACAUUUUUACACCUCGUAGUCAUACCAAGGGCUCAGAUCGCAAGAAACCUUCCAUCGUACACCUGCAUAUUCCUUCGGAUGUUGACGUUGAAGGGAAUGACAAAAAUUCUGGCGACACACGUAAGGGGACUUCUUUUGUAAUCGCAGAAGCUUUGGAGAAUGUCGUGCCGAAGGAUAUCACGAAUGCUCCGCCAAAGUCAAAGAAAGGGUUAAAGUUCAAUGGCAAGUCAAACAGAGAGAUGGAGAGCUCUGAGUCUGACCAAAGCAGGAAAAGUGCAGGUGUUGUUCCUUUGAAGGUGAGCACUUUAAAAUCAUCAAAAGAAGUAACGUCUGUUGAACAAGUGCCUGUCACUCCGGCAAACAGGGUGGUCAGGUCACGACAUGUAAGUACACCCACUACACCACGUUCAGCAAGGCCGACAGGUAUUCCAACGCCUGUGAAGAAGAGAUCGCAAUCAGCAACCCCACAAAAAUCAAACACUCCAAGUACACCUGCUAAAAGGGAUGCCAAUCUGGUACAUUCAGGUGUUAGCGACAAUGCAACUACUGGUGUGACCAAAGAUAAGGAUGUAACAAGGGGAAGGACCCCCAGCAAUGCACCUACAAGCAAGCAAGGUGCACCCAAGAAAGUCAGCAAUGCAUCAUCCCUAAAACCUUUGCAUACCAAUGGAAAGCAAAGCACCGCAUCAACAAAUAAGGGUCCUAAAAAUGGCCAAAGCCUCAAGCCAGGGCAGCCUGUGAAAAAAGUAAGCCAGGAGUCAAGAGUUCGAAAGGAAAGUGGGAAAACAAAGACUCCACAGAGCCCGAAACAACCACCCGCAAAACCGCAGACAGAGAAACCAGCAACACAUGCCAAGCGGAGGCCGAGGGCAGCAAGACCCAAAACAAUGGUCAUAAAGAGUACAGAUAUAGUGGAUAUACCUUUGACUAAAUCCAACUCACAGCCAGACCUAACAAAUCUAGAGGCUACCAAUGGAACAGAUGCUGUCAUGCCAACAAAAGAAGAGGAAUCAUCAUCUAAUAACACAAAGGAAAACUCAGUGUCAGAGCAUCAAAAAGCCCCAAAGGUAGCCAAAAAGGAUUUGCUGAAAGUCCCAGAUAAAACAACUACAAGGAGGAGCCUUGGGAGGCCGGAAAAGGGUUUAACAUCUGCGACAAAGAAAACGUCAUCUGAAGAGGUUGACCCAGCUGCGGGUAGGAAAGCUAGCCAGAGAGCUGCGAGAAGUCUGGUCACUAAUGCUAAACGACAGAGCCUUGGGGUAGGGAAACGGAGAAGCAUAACUCCUGCAAGAGGACCACGUCAAUCUCAGACUGAUAGUGGCUCCAAAGCUACCGGUACCACCAGGAGGACUGCACCUUCAAAUGGAGGAAGAAGAUCUCUUUUGCCUGAACCACAACGGAAGACACUCUCCAACUCUGUAUCAAACACUCCACCAACAAGAGUCAAGAAAAGCUCGACCGAUUCUUCCUCGUCAGACGGAAAUGUAAAAAGGGAUGAUGGAACGCCACAUGAAGAAAAGCCAAAGGUCAAGAAGCCUGCUGCACCUGCGGGAAGUGGUUUAUCAAAAGGUUCCAAACAGGUGUUAGCGAGUAAUGGAAAAAGUAAACAAGAGAUCAUAUCCUCUACUCGUAAACCUAGAAACAUGGUACCGGCUAGUACGAAGCAAGUACUGAAAACUGCAGCAGACGAGAAAGCAAGGAGAAGAUCAGCACCUCCAACCACAGGAGCAAGGCCCAAGGGACAGUCUACUACACUUGAGACAAGAGGUAUUGUUCAAAGACAGACUAGAGUAGCUCAAAAGCAAACAAGAGUCACAAAACCAGACAAGGAGAUCAAGCAGGGAACAAGUGACCCACUUUCUAGGAAUAGAAAGAAAAACACUGUAAAAGAAAAACAAGCUGUUGAGAAAGCAGGGAUCGUUUCAUCGCGAAGUUCAUCAAAUGAAUCUGUAAGUGACUCUAGUGCUGUAAAAGGUAAUGAUGCAGUCACAGUGUUGAAGGGCACAGAAGGAAUGCAAACAAAUGUUGAGCUCCAAUGUACAGAAAGUGGGGCUAACCCCCAGGGCUUCACUGUGGGUAAUUUGAUUACGCCUAAUACAGACAAUGGAGAAAGCAAUGGUCAAUUAAGCCCAAUUAGUGAUGACCCCCUGGCAAGUAAUAUUGUAAGCAUGGACAACUCAAUAAAAGGCAGUUCGCACGAGCCAUUGAGGGAACACAAUGGAGCAGAAUCGACUGACAAAAGUCAGGAUGUUAGCUCUACCUUUGGCGAAAGCAGGACUUUAGAUGCUGCAUCAUCUGUGACGAAAAAUGUUGUCGGAUCAAAAGAGUUGUCAGUGGUUGAUGUGAUUAUAACGGAAACACCUCCACAGACCUCGGACAAUGCUAAUCGAAUCGAAGUUCAGCAGGCGAGUUCAAUAGAGAAAAGUUCAACUGAGAACACGCGUGCUGACAUGGAUCAUGGUGAAGAUGUGGAAUUUCCCAUGCAGCUUCACGUCUCUGUAGACGACGCGCAGGGUGAGAAAACAACGGACUCAAGUUCCCAAGUAAGUGGAAUAAACACGGCUAAGGAGGCUGUUACCAAGCAGGAACAACAGUCGAGUGGGAUCAGUACGGGCGCAGCUGAAGGAUCUGACAAAGAAGAAACAAGGUUUGUCCAGCUGAAGAUCCAAGACCAUAGUGAUGCAGUCAUUUAUGAAAUGCUUGAUGUGAGUCAAGGAGGACAGAAAGUCGGACAAGUCGAGAGUGAACAGAAAGAGGAAGACGUGUCUUGCAUUCAAGCAGAAAACAACAGAGGUAACUACGGCAAAACUCGGCCUCCGGCAAUCCAACCUCCGGAAUGUUUUACCUCAACUCUACAGGUUAAGCUGAAAAGUCAAAGGAAUGAAAAUAUGCAAGUUGACACCCAGGAACGGAGUGCUGAUAGUACCCAGGAUUUGACUUGUAAGCAUAACAGUUCAAAUAUCAUUCCAUGCAUGGAGGGGAAAACUGAUAAUGAACUUCCAGAAGACGUCAGUCAAAGUUCCGCCACUGACCAGAGCAAAUAUUUGCGUACAGCCAAGCAGAGUGGAAAAGACCAAGUCACGUGCAAUGUCGUGGAACCAAGCAUGAGUGUCAAACCAGAUGACGCCGAUACCACGGGCCCAAAGGAAGUUGGUAAACAGUUGUCAGAGGAUACGAUAAGUGGCGUAGAUGAUUUACCAAGGUCAACACGACCUUGUGACAGUGACGACGUGCUUGAUGGAUCCCUUGUAUCACGUGGCAUGAGGCGUGCACAUGGUACUUUGUCCCUUGACAAGUCCAAAGGACAAGUUGCCUGCAUAUUUGACAGCCCAAACAACAUUACAACAGCUACAGGCAUGGUGUGUUUAGACAACAUGCACUCUGAUUUAUCCUCAAAGGAUGGGCAUUUCAUGCUACAAGAGCUUAAAAAUUAUGCAAACGAUAAAAUGACAGAUGCCGACAAUGCCCCAGAGGCACUGAAUGUUGACCUAACAAACACUCAAAAGUGCGAAACAAACCCUAAGACUAAAGAUAUACCAGAAUCGUCAAAACCACUUGCAGACCAUGACAAAGAGCAGGAGGCUGAACAAAUACAAGAGGAAGACAACGUCAAGGCUAAUUGCAAGGCGUUUCUAUUUUCGGAGCUUGGAAGUCCACCGUACAGUCUAAUAAAAGACCAACCCCUUCAUUCCAGUUUACCCAACAUAAAUGGUGGUGAGGCUGUUGAGAAAGUGGCAAGCAAAAUGCCCUCCCACAUGCCAAUGGGCUCCCCGCCCCCAGUACGAAGACGCAAGUCAGUCUGCUUUGCAAGCUGCCCGGCUAGUCCUACCGCACCGAGGUUGCGGCGACGCCACAGCAGUUACAUCCACCCAUCCCUGAUGGGCCACCUUCAUCAUCAUCAGUCGCUAUCAGCUGUAGAUCGUCUCUAUCCAGGCGGACAUCUGCGACGGACACUGUCUCUCUCCGGCGGUCACACGCCGUCAGAACUGUCGUCGGGACAGACCACUCCCAGCGCGAGGGGAAGCCAUUCUGAACUGCACCUCAGUCCGCUAGUAAAAAGGCUGCAGGAACUUUGCGAGGAGGCCGAGAUGGAAGAAGGAAGGAAGCUUCGGGAACUUUGUGAAGAAGUCCAGUGGGAAGAAGGACAAAGGCUUCAGAAACUGUCCGAGGAGGUUGAACGGGAAGAGGGAAUCGUGUCUCAAGAUGAAGCAUUGAAUGAGGCUCCCACAGGCUUGAAUGGUCGGCCGUCUACGGGAGAGGAGGGAAAGAAUGGGGCGCCGCACACCGCAAACAGAGCCGGCUCCGAAGACAAACGAUCAGGCAGAGGGGCGUUAACAAGCGAGGGGCAGCUGAGGGUCAGUCACCAUGAGACAUCAAUGCUUUUACCACUUCCGUUGACAUCAUCGUCACAACAAGAACCCGAAAGCAGCAACCGACAGAAUAACACAAGGAAAAGGGUGUCUACUUCAGAUGUACCGAACUGUGUGAACACCAGACCGACGACGUUGACCAAAUCUGCUUCGGAGCCUGCGUUUGUUGUGGACGGCAAACAGCAGAAAUAUGUCAUCGAAAUUCACCUGUCUCCUACGCAAGAGGUUGUAGCAGCUGGCGAAGACCAAAAAGUUGCGAGAGAAUCUGUAGAACACGAACACGAGAGUGUCUUUCUUGAAGGAAACGCGCCCUCUGUAGUUGUGACUUCUCCCGAAAAAAGACAACGGAAUCCUUUCACCAGGAGCCAAAGUUUGCCUGUGUCUCCCACAAUAAAUAUUGUCCCUUGUGGGGACAUGCAUGAUAAGCCUGACCUACCUUCCAACAUGGCAGAAGUAGAGGACGCAGAUGAUGACUGGACGCGUGUGGUUCCCAGGGUCUUGCAGAAGUCUGACAGCAUCUCAGUUCCGGAGAGUAGUGGCGGCCCUUUUCGACGCUGGUCACGUUCACGUACGGAUAGCAUGAAUGAAGCUUUGAAUGAUGAAGGUCGGAUUGAGAUGACAGACAAGGAGAAAUUGCGAAGUCUUGACAUUGACAAGGACCGGGAAGUCAUCCACGACAUAGCACACUUUCUUGAGACCCAAAAUGAGAAACCAAAUAGCUUGCCACCAGACUCCAUGCUUACUGUUGCGCCUGGUAAGAUUCAGAAGUUGGAGGUGGAGUCUCAGAGUCAGAGUCUACCAUCCUCGCCGAUGCCAAGUCGUAGGGUAGGAAGGCAUUCUCUGAGGAGUCUUCCAGUGUCCCCCCAUCCCGAGAAUCAACCUGAAAGAUCUCGGUCAAGCACCGAUUCCUUGGACGAGCACCCAAGAACAAACUUUCUCACUGCCCCUGUGCAACCUGAGCGGCCAGUCACCCCAAAACCUUACAAGAAACCAGCUUCGUCUUCGAAUUCCCCGAGCUCUUCUUCCCCGAGUUCUUCUUACAGCCAUCUUUCUGUGAAUAGCCCCCCUCCCGCACGACCUGUGACCCCUAAGCCGCACAUCAGGCCAUCAACUUUGUCUGGUUCAAGUUUAAGUCCAAAGUCAUCACUACUUGACAUUCCACAAGAGGACUCGGUCGUGAUGAGACCCAUAAGUCCGAAGUUUGCUACCAUUACAGAAAAUACAGACGUUCUAGCGCCACAAGCAAGGCUGUCAGCAGAGCCCCAGUCUACUGGAUCUCCACAGCUUGCGAAAAACAGGAGUAGAAAAACAGCUUUGUCUGCAAAGCAGAACCACGUGCUGAUGAGGAUUUCAGCGGCGGGAAGCGAGGAUAGCGGGCUGGGGGAUAGCCAAUCACAGCUCAAUUUGGCUGUUCCGUCAUCGGAAGACAAGUCCUUGCAAAAGGAUGCUCCAAAUGUACAAACCAAUGAAGAAACCGUCAGAUACAGACGGGCGACCAAACAGCGGCGACGCAGACCAAAGAGCGAUCUGGGCUCUUGGGUUCAAAAAGCGCCCGUAAAAUCUCGCCGGCCAUUGACUAUCCACGGAACACCCCACCAGGAAAGCAUUGAGGAGAACGAACACUCAGAUGAUGACAGUACAGAUGGAAAGAGUUUGGAUAAACUAACAUCUUUAAGAGAUGCUAUGAACUUAUUUACAGUGGACAGUCCUAAACUGAACAGAAGGAAUACUGUGCACCACAUGCUUGGGUCACCUAACCAUCCAGGCAUAACACAAAAAAUGUCUGGAGUAAAAGAAGAGUCUACCACUCCAAGAGCUUACAUGCGAACUGUCAGUGCAUACAGCCCUCCGAUGGGGACUCCUGCACUCAAGCGCUCUCGUAGCACACCCUGCAGUCUAGAUAGGACCGGGAGGAGAAGAAUACAUUCCAUAGCAGAUAAGGGGUCAGGCACGCCGCGAUCCACAACAGUCGCAGUCGAGCUGAGUGGCCCGUCGUCUGACUCGGAGUCUGAUGACGACAACGAAGCGACAAGCGUGCCGUCGUCACCAGCUGUCAAUCGUCGGUCGAGUUUCACUGGGAUCCCUCCUGGUCAGGACAUAGAUGAGAUGUUUGAAGAGGAGGAUGAGGUGACGUAUGCGGAAGCCCUGUGGGAUCAUGUGACGAUGGAUCCCGAUGAGCUGGGCUUCAGGGCCGGGGAGGUGAUAGAAGUGACGGACCUGAACCACAAGGACUGGUGGUGGGGCUGUAUCGAGGAUAGAGAGGGAUGGUUUCCUGCGGCAUUUGUUAGGUUGAGAGUUAACCAGGAGGACACAGUGGAGGACUAUGUUGCAAAGAUGAGGCAGGGAACCAGUGUCAAUCUGCGCAGAUACAGCGUGAGCUUCUGUCAGAACAAGGACCAGAUGAGAAGCAAUGUGGUCAACGAGAUCCUCAGCACAGAGAGGGACUACAUCGGCCACUUGAGAGACAUCAUUGAGGGUUAUGUAAAGCAGUGCAGGAAGAGGCCAGAGAUGUUCUCCUGUGAAACCAUAAAGACAGUGUUUGGUAACAUCGAGGAGAUUUACGCUUUCCAAACUAGCUUCCUGAAAACCCUGGAGCACAGCAGUAGAAGAGACCUUCCCCAUCUAAGCGAAGUGGGCAAAUGCUUCCUGCAGCAUAGAGAAGGAUUUGAGAUCUACUCAGAGUACUGUAACAACCAUCCCAAUGCUGUCACUGAGCUGAACCAAAUCAUGAAGAGCAAGAAGUACAGGCAUUUCUUUGAGGCGUGCAGACUGCUUCAGAACAUGAUUGACCUGGCCUUGGACGGCUUCCUCCUCACCCCUGUGCAGAAGAUCUGUAAAUACCCUUUACAGCUGGCCGAGCUGCUCAAAUACACCAAGCCUGAGCACAGGGAUCACGAAGAUGUAAAGGCAGCGUUGGAGGCCAUGAAAGACGUUGCAAACCUAAUCAACGAGAGGAAGCGACGCUUGGAAAACAUUGACAAGAUUGCGGGAUGGCAACAGGAUGUAGAAGGAUGGGAGGGUGAGGAUGUUCUGGACAGGAGCUCCCAGCUGAUUUACAAAGGAGAUGUACGGGUCAUCACGGCAGCCAGGGGCAAAGUACAGGACAGGACCCUGUUCCUCUUCGACCACCAGAUGGUCUUCUGCAAAAAGGAUUUGUUGAAGAGGGACAGUGUAGCUUAUAAAGAGAGGAUGUUGACUGGCCCAUGUCAAGUUAAACCCAUCCCAGAUGGAAAGGACAAAGAGUUGCAAACCUCUGUGAAGAAUGCUCUGAAACUAUAUGACAUGGACAAGGAGAAAACGUACAUCCUCUGUCUGAAGACUCCUGAGCAGAAGAUGCGUUGGCAGGAUGCCUUUCAGGAGGAGAGGGAGAAAGUAGCAGACGAUAAGAAGAAGGGAUUUGAGAUUCCCCUCGAUGUGAGGAAGAACGCUAUGAACAAGUCGUUCCGCAACAAACCAUGCAAGCCUAGAGCAGACUAUCGACGUAUGUCCAAGAAGUAUGAGGUGUCUGAACCAAGCCUUCAGCACGUCAGCCUCCCAAGAGGCAUUUCUUCCAAAGAAGUCUUCGCUGAAGUGAAGCAGAAACGCUCUAUCAUUCUGCCAUUCUUCAACUUUGCUUCAAAGAAGUCAUCUAGAAAGGCUUCUGCAUUGAAUUAAAUCUAGAAAGGCUUAAGCCUUAAAUUCAAUUAAACGUGCUGAGUUUAGUAAAAGAUCAGAUUAUUCUUAAACAUUGUAGUGUAUGUUGAUAGCUAAUUAGCAUAUGUCACAUGUAUACUUGUAUAUAAGAGACUGUACUUCUUUUAGUUGCAUUCAUUAACUGAGGCUGGCUAAAAAAAACAAGCAAUGAAAACAUUUGUUUGAAAAGAAACCCAAAGAACCCUAUACAAGUCAAAAGCAAUUUUGACUGUUAUCGUUGCCAUAGAAUAUAGCUGUUUUCUUUCCUCUGACAAAAUGUAUAGAAUUGUACUAAAGUUGACCUAUUUCCCUAAAAAAUAAUCAAUUUUGUACACACCAUGCUGAGUGUAUGAUAUCUUAGCAAUGGUGAUAUUUUUGCUGUAUUAAUGUUAAAAAGAUGCUGCAUAACUUGUAAAAUGUAAGAUACUAUUAAAAUAUUUCCUUGUGUCAUCAAAUACAGUAAAUUUGUAACAUGUAUUGUUGUAGAGUAAGGUAAAUAAGAACAUCUUUGUAAAAGGCCUGAGCCAACGUAUAACAGGCAAAUUACUAUGUGUUAUACCAGUGCCUACUCGGUAAAAAUAUAAUGUAAAUAUAGAAUGUAUUGAGUUACUAUGUUAGCUUUAGUUUGGGCAUAUCAGCUCGGAAAGUGCCAUGUAGUUAGAUCUAAUCCUGAAAUAGUGGUAUUCUAUAAACGGUGAAUGAUUUUAUCAGGUUAGAAAAUCAACAUGAUUCUAUAUUCACAACCAGGCUCUGUAUACAAUCGACAGUUGACAGUUCUUUACGUUUGGGACCACAUUGUUAGCAGCAACACCUUAGCUGCAGUGUGGGGUAGUACCAGUACAGAAUUGCCCUGAAGAAUGUUAUGGACGGUCAUGACACAUCGGCUGUCUAUUGUAUAGAUCCUGGCUGUGACUGAAGAAUAUUGUUAUCUUGUAUUCUAAAACAAGAGUCAUUCAAGAUACAUGUAUCUACAGCAAGAUAGAAUUCUGCCCACCAAAAACUAAAUCAUGUUAACACAAUAUUCGUAUAAAAAUUCCGGCUGUAAAGUCUUACCCAGAAAUCAGACUAUUUUUGUAUGAAAAUAAGCAUAUUGUUGAAUAAGCAAUUUUGCUGGACUCCCAAAUUAGAAUGGCAACUUGUUCUACAUACUACAAAGGUUAAAGCAUCUGCAUCAUGGUUUCAAAACUCUUGGCUCAAAGUAGAUUAAUUGAGGUGGCAUCCAAAGGUAUGAAGACUUGUUAGUAUAGCUGGCAGAUACUGUCCUAUAAGUAUGAAAAUGCUGCACAAACAUUCUUGCUGUCAACAAAAUAAUCUUUAAAAAUGCCAAAUGUACUAUUUUGCCAUAACAUUAUACCAUAAGUAAGAAAUGGAAUAUGUAUAGAAAUGUUAUUAUCUUGGGGCAUUUGUUUGUUGAUGUACACCUAUACGUGUAAUGUUUUAACAUUUCCUCUAAAUACCAGUAAAAAAUAAAAAAGUUUAACAUGUGGAAA